AUGGUCAACAUCCAGUCGCUCCUCACUGUCACCGUCAUCUAUCUUCUCCCUAGUACCCUCGCAUCACCGCUCACCAAACGUUACUCAUCCGUCAAGAUCCAAUCGUAUCGAUCAUUGAAAUGCCUCUCGCCUGUUGCACUACCAGCAGAGUGGGAGGACGGGACAAGAGUAACAACAGUCAAUUGUACUUCCGCUGUAGAAUGGGAUAUCAACCCCGGAUCAGAUAGUAUACUCAUCAGUGGGACCAAUUGGGCUUUGGACGCUGGAACAGGAGAUCAGGACACUGCGAUUAUCAAGAUUUGGCAAUCCUACCCUGGAUUAUUCCAACAAACUUGGUAUCUUACCGAUGACGACAGGAUCGCCAUCACUGGUGGCACUCAAUGUCUGGAUGAAGGUAUAAAUGGACCGCAAACUUAUACUUGCAUCGAUGGUAAUACCAAUCAAGUUUGGAAUAUAAUCGGUACCACACCUUCUGUUCCCGGUGUAUCACCAUCUAUCCCUUCUGGUCCAGUCUACGUUGAUCAUCCAGUCAGUGAGGGUCGACGUAUACACCCCUAUGGUAGAACCGAUCUAUGCGUCAUGGUGGGUAAUGGUGUGGCAUCGGUGAAUCAACUUGUCGAUAUCGCCUAUUGUCUUCCGAAUACUUCUCCAUACGUCCACUUGCAGCUCUGGAAUAUCACACUCAAUACUCGUGCCCAUGUAUACCUCCAAGCAAAUCCUACACUCUGUCUUGACGCCGGAGAAACUCCGAGAAACGGCACCAGGUUGAUCACAUAUGGAUGCGGAAGUUCGUACAACAGACAAAACUGGUUGUGGGAUGGUACAAUUUUAGCCUUAGAUUCGAGAAAUCCAUCCGAAGCGUUGCCGCUUUGCUUAGACGUUGAGCUGAACUCACCUACGACACCCCAACAACCCUACGAUAGGUUAGAGAGAUUACAGACCUGGACCUGCUUUGAGGGUAACCGUCAGCAAGUGUUCUCCGUUUCCGGCGAUGAGCCCGCAGAUGAUUGUUAG